AUGGUCGACUUCAUGACACCCGCCCCCGAGCCAGCCACCGAGCUGGGCCGGUACCGCAUCCUCUCCUCGAGCGCUGGAAUCCGGGUAUCGCCACUGCAACUAGGCGCAAUGUCAAUUGGAGACGCCUGGUCCGGCUUCAUGGGCUCAAUGGACAAAGAAUCCUCUUUCAAGCUGCUUGACGCCUUCGUCGAAGCAGGCGGCAACUUCAUCGACACAGCCAACAACUACCAAUCUGAGCAGUCAGAAACUUGGCUGGGUGAAUGGAUGGCAGCGCGGGGAAACCGCGAUCGUAUGGUCAUCGCGACCAAGUAUACCACAGACUAUAAGAGCUAUGAGUUGGGGAAGGGGAACGCGCCGAACCACUGUGGGAAUCAUAAGCGGUCGUUGCAUAUGAGUCUUCGGGAUUCGCUGAAGAAGUUGCAGACGGAGUGGAUUGAUAUUCUCUAUGUGCAUUGGUGGGACUAUACAACUUCAAUUGAGGAGUUGAUGGAUAGUCUGCAUACUAUGGUUGAGCAGGGGAAGGUGUUGUACUUGGGUAUCUCGGAUACGCCUGCGUGGGUUGUUAGCGCGGCUAAUAUAUAUGCUCGCGCGCAUGGAAAGACGCCAUUUAGUGUCUAUCAGGGCCGAUGGAACGUGAUGCUAAGGGAUUUCGAGCGCGAUAUUAUCCCAAUGGCCAUUCAUUUCGGCAUGGCCCUCGCGCCCUGGGACGUGCUUGGAAGCGGCAAGUUCCAGUCUGCAAAGGCCAUGGAGGAGCGCCGCAAGAAGGGCGAGGGAUUGCGGGCCAUGCUGGGUGCAGGCGAGCAGACCCCCGACGAAGUCAAGAUGAGCGAAGCACUCACCAAGGUUGCCGCGGAGCAUGGAAUCGAGUCGGUCACAGCUAUCGCCCUUGCUUAUGUGCUGCAAAAAGUUCCCAACGUGUUCCCCAUCGUUGGUGGGCGAAAGGUAGAACAUCUGCACGAUAACAUCCAGGCGCUCAAGAUAAAGCUCACCCCGGAGCAAAUUCAAUACCUUGAAAGUGUCAAGCCCUUCGACGUCGGUUUCCCGCAGAAUAUGAUCGGAAAUGAUCCUAGGAUCACCGGUGCCGUCAGUCCGUGGAUAAGCUUUGGUGCCCAGUAUGCGGUUCCGCCAGCCCUCAAGGCAAUCACGCCAAAGUGAUAGAUGGAGUUGGCAACGCCAUUCUGGCUGAGUUGUGUGUUGAGCAGUGUUGCGGAGGGUUUUGCGAACUACAAGUCCUGUCUGUAUUUAUUUAUCAGUGAUUCAGUAUCGGAGCGUAAUGAAAUUUUGGUUUUCUCUGCUCGGCCAGCCUCAUGCAUGAUUCUGAAAGCAUAUACCCGUGAGCUUAGGUUGUAAAACGGUUCGUCGCAAGUAGUAUUCAAUUCCAGCAUCAACUGAAGAACGACGGAGUCCGUAUCCCGACUGCGGCGACAUUACCCCACGCCUAUCUGCCCGUGGGGCUCCUGUGGCCGCAGCUACUCCAACUUGGCACUUGAAAGACGUAGCAUUACAGCUUAGGCUCAGGCCUCUUCAAGAGCCACCAUCCAUGCAAUUCACGGAGAGAUGCAUAAAUGGCGAGGUUUAUCGAACCAAACAGAAGCGCUCGAUU